AUGACCAAAAGACGCAACGCCACCGACGUCUCCAAACCCCCCUCGAAGCCAAAACUCUCCACCGAAGUGACCAAAAUCGCAAACGCCAUCACCGGCGUCGCCAAGAAUCCCUUGGUCGAAAAACGCAAGCCCACGACCAAACCCAAACCCGCCAAGACGCAAAACAACAACAACACCACCACCGCCGACGACGUCAACGCAGCGUCCACAGCCGUACCCACCGCCCCGGACGUCCUCGCCAUCGAACCCCCGCCGCCGGUCAAGCGCACCCCUAGACCCGCCACGAUGAAACCCGCCGCCGCGACCGGUGCCCCUAGCGGUGGCGCGACCGGUGUCGCCAAGGGCAAGAAACCGAUCCUCGCGCGAACCCCGCCCGAGCAGCAACACGGCGGCCGCGCGAAGAUCGGCCGCCCGGAGUUCCGCUACGGUGGAGGGGACAGAGGGGCCGGAAGAUGA